AGAAGGUCUUUUUUCUGCCCCAACCCCCACAAUGAUAUCCAACCCCCCACCUCUACCUGUGAAGAUUGAUCUAUUCAGUUGCUGCUCGCCAACAGAUGUAAUGCCAUUUUCUCUCUUCUCCACCCCUCACCCCCUUUUAAUUUUUACGCCUUUUGUGGUGAUGUUUCCAUUUAUGGUAUCACUGUAAGCCACCUGAACAUAAUCAUGUGAGGUGACUGAGAAGUGCAGGUGACUUCCCCCUAUGUGUCACACUAUUUUAAGAGCAUUUUCACAGGCAUGAGGCGUCAACAGGCUCUGAAUUACAUUAAAGUUUCCUUGGCUUGGUGUGAUAAAAAAAUAGUGUUACCAAAUGUGAGAAAGUAACAAGUAAGAAUGCGUUCUAGUAGUAUAUGUAUCAUAUAUUAAGGAUUUUAGUCAGUGCUUGUGCAGCUUCAACGAUAGCCCAUUACAAAAUGAUAUUUUCCAAGAUAUGUGUUAGGACAAAGGAGCAUUUGGAUAUGCACAAACACACUUUCUUGCUUUGUGUGUAUGACAGGGCUUAUCUACACAGAUUAUUUUGAAAUCCAGUCUGCCAUUAGAAUUGAUACCCUCUGCCAGUCUUAAUCACUUGAGGUUGUCAUAAAAUUCAGCCUUAAUGCAUUUGUUGUGAAUUUCUCAGAUGGAUAUUCCCUCAAAUAUCCUCUAGCUUAAAUGUAAUCGAAAAGGAAGAUAUCUUUCCGUUUACCGAUUCGAAUUAGUGUCUGGGAAUCGCUUCUUUUCAAAUCUUGCUGGUCUUUCCAAUCUGUUGAGUUACUGAGACGUGCUUUAUCCCAACCUCACAUUGCGCAGGCGUGAUCCAACCUGAGCCCUGCGAAUAGCCUAGACUAGAACUCCGUUUGUCGAGUGAGAGGCUACGUAUCGCCCAGUUUCCCUCAUCACAGAGAAGAAACUACUCGUAGAAAAUGCCGUCAAUAUCUACCCGUUAGAACCUUCUCCCCAGACAGCCUGAGGCAUGCCUGUAUCCUCGGCUGCAGUUCUCCACGGCAAACAUCAGAUUUCAACCUGUGGAUAGCAGGCGGAAAGAGCUGGGCACCACACUGCCGCUCUGCCCGCUUCAGACACAGCUAUCUGGGACGCUUACCCAGAACUUGCUUUCGCGUUUGGUCAAGGGAAUCUCUCCGCGGCGCAGACUGUGACAGAGUAUCAGCUUUCGGCUUAUGAAUGGCCCUGGCAUGGAGGAAAUUCCGUUUCAGAAAGUCAAAACCCGGCGGAAGAGAGGCCACUGUCCGUCCGGCGUCCCUCUUACCGCCAUUGUUUGCGAGGACGAGUUUGAUUGCAAAGAGCUAGAGUCCCUCUUCCACAACUACAACCUGAAGCUGGAACAGACCUCGACCCUUAAAGCGCUGGCUGUACUUAUCAUCAUGGCUUUGACCCUGGCUGUGGUGGAGCUGCUCUCCGGUCCUAACCUCACCAUCUCCAAGGGGUCCCAUCCGGUGCACUGCAUUAUAUUCAUCUCGCUGUUCAUUGUGACCAACGUCAAGUACCUGCAGGUGACCCAGCUACAGCAGAUCGUCAACCUGACCUUGCUGUUCAGUUUCACCUUCUCCUUCCUCAGCUGCCCGUUCCCGCACAGCGCGGCCGGGAUGGUACCGCCAACCGCUCCUGAGCAGGGCAUGUGGCAGCUCAUGCUGGUGACAUUUGUCGCCUACUCACUCCUGCCUGUCCGGACACUGUUGGCCAUCAUAUUUGGCAUUAUGGUUGCCAUAUGUCACAUCAUUGUUACAGCCACUUCGGUAACGGUGAAAAGGCAGAAAUUGUGGAGAACGUUGGUGGCCAACACGGUGCUCUUCACCAGCGUGAACCUGUCGGGGAUGUUUGUGCGCAUCCUCACAGAGAGAGCGCAGAGGAAAGCCUUUCUGCAGGCGCGCAACUGCAUUGAGGAGAGGCUACGCAUGGAGGAUGAGAAUGAGAAACAGGAGCGUCUCCUGAUGAGCUUGUUGCCCAGGAAUGUGGCCAUGGAAAUGAAAGAAGACUUCCUGAAGCCCCCGGAGAGGAUUUUUCACAAGAUCUACAUCCAGCGGCACGACAACGUCAGUAUCCUGUUUGCUGAUAUUGUGGGCUUCACCAGCCUGGCCUCCCAGUGCACAGCUCAGGAGCUUGUCAAGCUGCUGAAUGAACUCUUUGGGAAGUUUGACGAGCUGGCCACGGAGAACCACUGCAGACGCAUUAAGAUUCUGGGGGACUGCUACUACUGCGUGUCAGGCCUGACCCAGCCCAAGACGGACCACGCCCACUGCUGUGUGGAGAUGGGCCUGGACAUGAUUGACACCAUCACGUCAGUGGCGGAGGCGACAGAGGUGGACCUGAACAUGCGCGUAGGACUGCACACUGGCCGAGUGCUCUGUGGGGUUCUGGGACUGCGGAAGUGGCAGUAUGAUGUUUGGUCCAAUGACGUGACGCUAGCCAAUGUGAUGGAAGCUGGGGGACUGCCUGGGAAGGUCCACAUCACCAAAUCCACACUGGAUAGCCUAAACGGAGACUACGAGGUGGAGCCGGGCAAUGGCAAAGAGAGGAACGCCUUCCUGCAGAAACAUGACAUCGAGACCUUCUUCAUAGUGCCAUCUCACCGCAGGAAGAUUUUCCCUGGCCUGAUCCUGUCUGACAUCAAGCCUGCCAAAAAGAUGAAGUUUAAAACAGUGUGCUACCUGCUGGUCCAGCUGAUGCACUGCAGGAAGAUGUUCAAGGCUGAGAUCCCCUUCUCCAGCGUCAUGAACUGUGAAGAUGGAGACAAGAGACGCGUGCUGCGCUCGGCACCGGAGAAGCUGCGGAACCGUACGUCUGUGUCGGCCAACGUGACGCAGAGCCCCCCGGGCACGCGGGUGAACCGCUACAUCAGCCGGCUGAUCGAGGCGCGGCAGACGGAGUCAAACACAGCAGACCUGCACUUCCUCACGCUCAUGUACAAGAGCUCAGAGAGGGAACACAGGUACCACCAGCUUCAUGAUGAAUAUUUCACUGGUGCCGUUGUCCUCUCUCUACUUCUCGCUGCCUUGUUCGGACUAGUUUACCUCCUCAUCAUACCACAGAGGACAGUGGUUCUAGGGCUGCUUGUCUUCUGCAUCUGUUUCCUGGUGGCUUGUAUCAUGUAUUUGCAUAUCACUAGUGUACAGUGUUUUCCAGGGUGCCUCACCAUCCAGAUCCGUACGGUUCUGUGUGUUUUCAUUGUGCUCUUAAUCUACGCCGUGGCCCAGGCUUGUGUGGUGGGCUGCAUGCCAUGGGUGUGGGGAUCCAACUCCACCAGCUCCAUCAUCAUCAUAGACACUGAUGGCGGUGCCAACCGCACCAUGGAUGAGCUGCCCUGCGAUGGUGCCCGCUAUGCCUUCCUGUCCUGCGUGGUGGGCACUCUCACGCUGGCACUGUUCCUGCGCGUCUCCUGGCUUCCCAAGAUGGUGCUGCUUGUACUGCUCAGCAUCCUCUACAUCACCGUGCUGGAGCUGAGCGGAUUCCGCAAGACCUCUGUGGGGGGCAGUAUGAGCUCCUUCCACAUGCGUGGCUUCGAACCCCUCCUCUCCCUGCUGCUCUUCUCAAGUGCCCUGGCCCUGCACUCCAGACAGCUGGACCUCAAGCUCAGGAUGGAUUUUCUCUGGGCCACGCAGGCGGAGGAAGAGAGAGAUGGGAUGGAGAAAGUCAAACUGGACAACAGGAGGAUCCUGUUCAACCUGCUGCCCGCCCAUGUGGCCCAGCACUUCCUUAUGUCCAACCCAAGGAACAUGGUGAGUCAUGCGGACUCUAGACAAGACCAGAAGCCAUCAUCACAGACCCAAAACUUCACUGAAGGCCAAUAUUCCCUAUUGGUUUUGAAGAACGAGGAUCUCUAUUACCAGUCAUAUGCCCAGGUCGGAGUGCUGUUUGCCUCCAUUCCUAACUUCAACGACUUCUACAUUGAACUGGAUGGAAACAACAUGGGGGUAGAAUGCCUGCGGCUGCUGAAUGAGAUCAUUGCUGACUUUGAUGAGCUCAUGGACAAAGAGUGUUACAAGGACAUUGAGAAGAUUAAAACCAUUGGCAGCACUUACAUGGCAGCAGUGGGAUUGGUGCCAACCAUCGGAACCAAGGCAAAAAAGUCUGCGGCCACACACCUAAGCACGGUGGCAGACUUCGCCAUUGAGAUGUUUGACGUUCUGGACGAAAUCAACUAUCAGUCCUACAACGACUUCGUCUUGCGAGUUGGUAGGUUUGUGUGGGUGUAUGUGCAUGUGUGUUGACCGACUGUGAGCUUCUCCACAGCGAUGCAUCCAGUUUUGCGAGCACUCGUGCAAAAAGCAGUAAAUUGGUAGAAGGAGUCACGCUUUUACUUCAUCAGUGGUGACAGCGCACCUUAGGCGCCUUAGCAACAGCUGACAUGAGGAGUAAUGAAAAUUCAUGAGGCGUUGAUGGGUACAUAACAAGUCCCCAAGCGAUGCAUUAUCACAAUAAAUCAUGAGAUAUCCUCUUUGCCUCGGCAUAGCAUGCAAGGUUUCACAUCUAAUUGGUAGUGUGUUUU